CCAACCUCGACUUCAGUUGCAAGAAAAAAAUGGCGGCAGAGGUCCAAUGGCAAUAAGACGAAAAAGGGUUUCCAAAUCUACGUUAAUUCCUCGCAGUGCAUCUAGGUAUACUACCUGUGAUUGCAAUUUAAUGCCUUAGUGACCCUUUGGACCAGUGGCAGACACCCGAGGGUUACAAUAUUAUUGUCAGAGAUGUUGGCAGAUGAUUUCUUAAUAAAAGAUGAAGAUCAAAACUAUUCAGCUUUAAAUGCCAUGCUGGAUUCGAUCAAAGAGGAGUCUCAUAAAAGGUCUUCCAAAGGUGGAAUUUCAAAGAAGAACAUCCAUACAAGAUUAUUGGAAUGCUACUUGGAAGAGGAAAGGGAUUCUGAAGAGAAUGGAACCACCAUUAAAGAAUCAUAUCUGUUGGAGAAAAUCAUAAAAGAGGAUGGCCUGAACACUCUUAUUGUGAACCUCUACCCUGGUCAUGAGGGAUAUUCCUUGAUGCUCAAGGACAAUAUUGGCAAAGAAGUAGAGACAGUGAAAUUGCCCUAUGAGGAAGCAGAGUUUUUGGAUUAUCUUGAUGCUCAAGAGCUGCCUCCAAUUCUCAUUGAAAUUUUGGAAAAAUUACAGGUCGAUUUGUUUUAUGAUGGAUGUAUAAUCGUGGAGUUGAGAGAUUACAGAAGAAGCCCGCAGAAGACUUUCCAUGAUCGAUCGUUUUUUCUUCUGAAACCUACGGCUCAGACAAUUGUACGUGACGUCAACACGUUAAUGAGCGAUGCAAAGUGGACGACUGAAGAUAAGUUGCAGUUAGAAUCGGAGAUGGUGCUUGCCCUAGAGCCUCGUCUGUGUUUGGAUCCAUCACCAGAAGUAGUCCAAAUCGCAAAUCGAAACCAAUACAAUGCAAAGAAGCUGAACAACCGUGCUCUGAAAAGGGCCAUGAAAAGAUUUGCACGUAGUAGUAAUAAUCGCUCCUUCAAAGUGCAGUCGACGGCUUCCCCGCAGCCGUUCCGACUUUUCGACUUCAUCAGUAAACAUAGAGACAAACGUGCUACGCAGCUGUAUCACAACAAAUUGAAUCGUACAACACAGAGUAUUGACAUGUGGAAGCAAAGGUCUUUGCAGCUGACGGCGCCAAACAAAAUCGAGGUAAAUUCACAUUCAAAAAUGCAUGACCAGCCGAAGUACGUAACGGACAGUACCCCGGAAAAGAUACAAGAGAUUGUUUUAGAAGGAGAGAAAACCAAUAAUCGUGCCUAUUAUUGCAAAGUUACUAUUCUGCGAAGACCAUCAACGGGAGAAUAUCUAGGUGAGCUGUACUUGGAAGAGGAAUUCGGCAGUAAGGAGGAAGGAAAGAAAGAUGGAAGGGCCUGCAGGUUCUCUCUAGGUAACCGCAUUGCUGCCCAACGUUACUUGCAGCAGUUCCAAGAAUUGUACACAGAAGAGGGUCGAAAGUCCGUGAAAAUUUCAACUUACGUCGCAAAUCAACAACAACAACAGCAACAGCAGCCGCAACAACAACAACAACAACAGCAGCAGCAACAACAAAGUCAGCAACAACAACCAAACUCGUCUACGAAUUCAACGAUAACUUUGACCCAAAGUCAAUCAGGGGCUUCUACCCAGGCAACAUCGGAACCAUCAAACGCAACAAAAGUCGCAGGUCAAACUCUUCCAAGCGCAAUUUUCACUCAGGGUAACACUUACAUCUUAACCAGUGCUAUUGGGAUGACACCUCAGUCCGUUGCCGUUGUGUCUUCAGGAAUUUCAACGACUGCGACGUCAUCUGGACAGGUGCAAAGUAGUGGGUCUCUGUCUACAGGCUUCACCCUUACUGCCUCUGGCAACUCUUACUACGUGCCUGCAUCAGGAGCAAAGACAAUAUCCGCCAAAUUCGGCAACUUAAGAGCAAGGGCAGUGGACAACACGAGUCAAUCAAGCAAUGUUCAGUUCACCACUGCAUACAUACAGCCCGUCGUAUCUGGAGGAUCUGUCUCUGUGACAAGCCAAGGCAUAACUGCUGUACCCAUUGUUGGCACAAAUGUAAACAUUGUCCCUGGCACAAUUGGUACACAGUUUAUAGCAACAGGAGGAUUAAAAUCUGCAACACAAAAUAUCAGGCCGGCAGGUCCAGCAUCAAUUACGAUGCUUCAGCAGACGGCUGGGUCGCAACAGCAGUCAGUCCAGGUGGGGCAACAACGAUUGCAAGCUCAGUUUGCGGUUCCUGGUAACUUACUACCUCUUUCCCAAAUGACUCGAGUUAGUGCCAAUGCAGCUCAACAAAAGGGACAGCAGUUGCAGCCGGGUAUGGCUUCGGUUAUGGUCAAUGGGAAACAAGUUAUGGUUCCUGGGCAGACAGCAAUGAUACAGGGUCAACCAACCUUUAUACCAAGCCAGACCUCAAUUUUACAAGGGCAAACCGUCUUACCAAAUGGACAGACAGCAAUUAUUCAAGGAGGCUCUUUUUUCUUGCAAGGUCAACCAGGACAAUCUUUGGUCGCAGGACAAGGCCAGGGUCAAACUGUAAUGAUCCAACAAGGUCAGGGGGCACAUCAAGGCACCAUACUGUCAGGCCAACACCAGAAUCAGGCUCAAGGCACCAUGGUUCAAGGGUCUUCCCUUCAAGGACAAACGGUGUUGAUUCAAGGUGGAGGGCCAGGAGGGCAGGGGCAGACGUUUAUGCUACAAAACACAGGGCAACAAGGCCAAGUGUCCAUCAUCACUACCAGUCUUUCACAAAGUGCAACAACACAAUCGAUUCAAAUCGUACAGCAGCAGCAACCACAGAACAAAUUGAAUACUGGCAUUGCAGGAAAUUCGAGUUCUGUGUCGUCAUCCUCUACUGCGCUCUCAGCUUUGACGUCCCAAGUCAACCUUAUUCCGGUGCAGCAAAACACACAACAGCAACAGCAAUAUGGACAGCAAAUGCUUCAGUUCUCACCGCAGGCUCCACAGCCAGCAAAGCCAGCAACGCGCCGGAGAAGCAGUGGCCAGCCUCCAGGUGCAGGCGGCAAAAGAAGGCCUAAUUCUGCAACUAAGUAACUUGUAUCUAGUCGAAAUUACGUUGCCAGUUUAUAGUGCAGAUCUUACUUCCUCCUUAAAGGUCAUUGUGAAUACACGUUUCUAGGAACAUACCAUAGACAUAGGAAAUUAACUUCCAAGUUCUUGUUGGAGGGUCAUUUAGGAAUGCAAAGAAGACUGGCAUUCCCUUCAAAAGCUAUUCAAUCUCUUGUCAUCACCAUUAUUAGCUAAUGCUACAACAGUUUUUUUCUCCAUCUAUUUGCUCCAAGCACAUAGGAGAGUUUUUGGGCCCGAACAAUAUGUGGCAAAUAAACAAAUCUUAGUAGCUCCGCUCCUUUUAAACAAUGAAAACUAAACUUUUGUUUGUUUGGAAGCAAAAAGGGCCGUUUUGGGCUUUCUCUCACCUGGAUGGGCUGUACUUUGCCUCUGAAUAAACUCAGGAUCUUUAAAACCUCUCAAAAAUCGCAAAUAUUGUUUGUUCAAAAGUCUUUAACAUGUUUUUUGUCUGAAAAUUCUCAUUUUAAAAUUCUUUUUAUAGAUUUAUAACUCAAAAUGUUAUUGCAACAUUCAAUACAUUAGUGCAUUAUGACGAAAAAUUAUGUGAAUAUUUAUGGUAUCAUGGAUCAAGAUUAGGAAAAUCUUUAGAGGGUGUGUAACCAAAUGUUUAUCGCAUGGAGCUUUUCGCAACGUUUUUACAGAGUAAGAAUUUCUUGUAAUUAUAUGAAAAUGUAUGAUAAUUGAAGUAGCAAAAAGUCUUAAUAAAAAUUUCACUGCAAAAAUUAAUUUCACUUUAUGUUGUUGCCAACUAAAUUGACUGUAUGGAAAGGAGCUUCCCCCCUUGCGGCAUGACAGUAUGAGAAUGAGCUUUGUUUCUUAAUGUAUAUAAAACAAGAAACGUUUUCUAAAAUGGAAAAUAAAAAACAAAAAGGGAAGCAAAAGGAAGGAGUAAAAGCUCUCAUCAAGUCGUUUGUAUUUAUUGGAUGUGAUUGGAAUACCAAGCUUAAUCGGUGGAUGGGAAUGGCAUAUCAAGAUAUUUAUUUCCACGGAUUGAAAAACUUAUGGAGAUGGACGACUAUUCAAAUUAAUUGUUUACGGGAAUCUAUUCAAACUUAGUUAUCGAUUAAAACACUAAAUCGCUGCUUUAGAUAUGAUAUUAACGAAAUCAGCACCAACAGAGCCACUGUUAAAAAAGCAUUUGUUACACGCGAAAGCAUUCUCAGAGAGACAAAAUUGUUGCAAGUUUGAUACCAAAUGUAUCCCCAUUCUAUGUUCAGUAUUUUAUGGUUAUUGAUCAAAAACCCAUAGCCAAGACUAUUUUCACAAAAUAUGAGCUUCAUAUAAAAGAUCAGCCGCGUGAUUUUUUUAAGGAAGACGAUGAGUACAAUUUACAGUGAGGAAGCACUACCCCCAAACAACAUGCUUCUACGUUAUAUUCUUAGAUAUGUUUCCUAUGAAUUUCACGUAUGAAAAUCCUUUGACUCUAACACUUUCUAUAUAUGCAUUCAUUUCCAUUUCUGCUUCCUCUUUGGAAAAAGUUUCUUCCACCAAAAUAAAAUGACUAGCGAUCAAUGUUCGCUGUCAGUUUUUCUAUGGUCUGCCUUAAUUCUUGGCCACGAGACAAGGCUCUGUCAAUGCACUGGCGAAAGAUAUCAUCUUUGAUUGCCAAUCCUCCUGGAAAAAUAUAAUAGUUGUAAACUUUGUUAAUCUAAUUGUAGAACAUUAUUAAGAACGUGAGAAAUAAUGAUUCGGAAUACAAAGAAGAACAAUAAUGAAAUAAUGGCCACAUUAUUGAAUCCUAAAUUUUUAUUGGACUUUAAACGAAGAAAAUGGAUAAGUUUUAGUUUUUUUUGCAAAUUGAAGGUUUUUAUUAAAAAGGGGUGAACUUCACGGAAGAUACUUGGUAAAUGAUGCGUGCCUUUGGUGUAAGAUGCACUUUAUGAGUUUUUAAUGAAGAUGCUGACAAUCAUGAGCACGGUUGCUUCAAUAAAACAGUUUAUCGAGGGAUAUUGAUGAUGCAUUAUUACAAACGGAAAGGUUAACAAAUUUUAACAUUGAUUUAUUCUUACUUAACAACAUAUUAAAUGCUAAACAUUUGAUCAAUUUAGCAAAACGUCAUUAAAAAAGUUUGAUUUUUUGCCCAGUGGUUAACAGUGCUGUCUAACGCCACCAGGGCAGCAUGUAGUGGUUUGAGGCAUCCAAGCAUCUUGAGCAUUCAAGCACCAUGAAAAAUGAAUAAGAAAUAGGUUUAAGGACCAAAAAAGCCUAGGUAUACAAAGUCAGGGGUCGUGAGUUCGAGCCUCGCUCGGGUCGGUUAUUUUCCUGCACUCUCUACUAAUUAUCUUUAAAAAUCCUGUUGCCUGUAAAAGUGAAAGUGUUUGAAUGCAUGUUAAUUUUAUUCAAAAUGAAGUGAUAUUUCAAUAUUUGAUGGGCAAAUAGCCUACAUUGUUCAAUAAAUUUUAACUUGCCUGGUUUGUAUACUGAGCAUAAGCUAUUGUCUUCUAAGGUUACUAUGGUGAUAACAGUAUCAGCUAUGCCUUCUUCCUCUUCAGUUGGAUCAGCAACAACCUGUGAACUGAAAGUGUAAAAAUAGACUUAGAAUAAAAAAAUAAUUGAUAAACAAUAUUUGAAGAAGACAAAUUUUUGGUAGUGCAAUUUCUUAUCAACAAAAUAAAAUGCCUUUCAAGAUCAUUUUUCAAACUGCAGGCACACAUCAGCUUUGGAAUUUUUGGAUGUACACUUACGUUCAAAAAGUAUUGGGACACCCUUCGAAACUUCGAAGACAUUUUAUGCAACAAAUUCGGAAAGACUUUUUUAAAAUCUUUCUCAUUAAAAAAGUACGGCAGUUAUUUCCAUGAAAUUUUCACAAGACAUUGUUGAUAUUUUGAAGCCUUUUAUGUACGCCAAAAAAUUAAAAAUUCAUCUACCAUAAAAUUUCUAUAGGUCUCGAGACGAAAACAUGGAAGCUCUGAAAACUCAAGAACUGAGUUAAGAGAAGCGCUUACAAAGUGCUUUCUACUAUAAUAAAGUAAAUGGAUUUUGCGAUAUUGCAUCAAUUCUCGGCUGCUCAAUGAGUGCAGCUUUUCUGGUGUGUAAAAAGUUUUUCCGUACAAGAACAGAAAAAAAUUUACCAAGGGUUUGCAGACCAAAGAAGUUUACGACGCCGAGGGACGACAGUUCUUUACUGAGGGAACUGCGAAGUAAUAGGUUUGAAUCCUUACCAGACAUCGUGUUGUCAUGUAAAAAGAAGCUAAAUAAUGGAACAUAAGCAAAAACAUGGCUAUAAAGUUAUGAAAAAUACAAAUUUUCCAGCGUUAUAAGAAAAACAAAUGCUCUCUCAAAGUUAAAAUUAAUCAUCGACGAUGAGUUCAAUGGCUUCUCCUUGAAUGUUACGCAAUUUUAAAAGAUGCUUGAAUAAAUGCAAUAAUUUAAUAAAUUUGUAGCAUAUUCGUCGAUGAAGAUAACUUUUUUUGAAGCUUAAAAGUUUGAUUUUAUAAUUUCUUUUAUAAUUUUUUUUGUUAUGCAAACGUGAAAUUAAAAAGUUGUAUUUGUUUGGACAGCUCUAAAAUUUUUGGAAGGUCAUGUGACUUUGCCAUUGUUAGGCCAUUCAGCCCUUCUGCAUAUUUUGCUGUUAUAAUCAGGAAAAUCGAAAGAAUCCUGUGUUUUCUUGGUUAUUCUUCAUAAGUUGAAGCAUUUUGUUAACUUUUUAUUCCAUUUUGGGGAAACUUGGGCCUAGAUUAUUUGUAGAAAGACUGCCUAAAUCUGAAAAAGUUUCCGUUGCAAAACCGAAUCCAACGGAACGCCAUAAUUCGUUUAUCGAAUUCGUCCCAAUACUUUUUGAACGUAAGUGUAGAAGCGUUACAUGGCUAAAAACCUAAAAAUAUACCACAGUCAACGUAUUAAAUAGAAAUCAGAAAUGAUUAGAUGAUAUGUUUUAAGCCUACUCACUUUUGAAACACAGCAAAUGUACUAGCGAUGGGAUUACUGGCAAUGUCUAAGGAAGAUUUUUUAUCAGUUGAUACAACAGUUUCCCCUGUUUCUUCACUGUAUGAAGCGGAAGGUAAACUGCCUGAAAAAAAUAAAUAGACCUUAUUAAAAUACUGAUUAUUCAUAAAGAAGGGUUUUAUCUUCUAUUGGUUUAUUAUGCAUAUAAAUGGAUACACUCAAAGACAGGAAGUCUGUAUUUUUAUUUUGUAUUGUGUAAUAGAGUUAUCAAUUACACUAGUGACAAAUAUUAAGUAUGAGUAAUCAGACCAAGAGGGGUUAUUAACCAAUUCAAAGCAUUUGCUUUAUGAUAGAAAUGAUAAAGCUAUAGUACUCACAAUUAUGCAUUGCAGCAAGCAAAGCAAAGAGUGCAGCAUCUUGAAUAUUACCAUCAUAAUUCAAGCAGAUGACAUCUGCAUACAAACACCAUACAGCCUAUAAAAUUGUGAAAAUUCAUGAUAUAUCAUUCCAUGUUUCAACUGUAUUGCAUUUUUAUCAUGUGUCCUUCUCGCCAUGGAAAUAAGGCUUGUGUGAUUAUAUUAUUCUAAGAGUCACAUGGCCUUUGUAUUUCAGUUCAGUUCAGUCUGAAUCAUUAAAUUCAACUGCAAACAAAAACAUUACUUAAUAUACCUAAUACUUACAUAAAAACAAUUUUGAUUAACUUCAAUUUAUUUUUCUACAGCAAAGAUACUAAUUAGCUGAAUAAUGCAAAACAGGCAUUGUUUGUAAGGGGAAUGUAUACAUACUUGUCAGCACAUGAUAUCCUAAAUACUGGAUAAUUAUUUUUACUAAUGGUUUUUUUCAGUUCCCAUUCCAAUAGCUACUUAGCUGUCACCCCUUUUGGCUUUUUUCAAGCAACCAAAUUAUUUCAUAUUUUAAUGAAUUGCAGAAAAAACUUUCAAAUAUGUAGCUUGUGAGAACAGGAGCUUACCUUCCCUUGAGCAAUGCAUAGACUUUCUGGUUUUAAAAAAGAAGAGCUGCAAAAAGAGAAAUCCAACAAAUCAUUCAGUUGAAAUACAUUAGAACUUUCUUUGAGAAUUACAAGAGUUAUAAGAAUAUCAUGGCUCUUCGAUUUUUCAAUAUUUACUUACCUAUUAGCGGUAUCAAUGAGGAACUGGGUCAAAACUUGGGCUUGUUCACUGGGUGGACCUGGUCGAAAUUUUGCUGAGCACAAUGGAGGGAGUUCUACACUGGACAC